AUGCCAGCCAUCUGCCAGAUCAGCGUUGCCAGCCAGGCCGCCCACGCUCCCCACCACACGCAGCGCCAGACCGGUCUGCGACGGGCCAAAACCCCAGGCUCCCUGUGCACGGCGGCCCGGCUCACUCCAGGCGCGCUCCUGGCCGCGCUGCUGGCCGCCCCCGCGGCGCUGGCCGAAGCCCCACACCUGGUGCACGUGGACGCGGCCCGCACGCUGCGGCCCCUGAGGCCCUUCUGGAGAAGCACCGGCUUCUGCCCCCCUCUGCCGCACAGCCAGGCAGACCUGUACGACCUCAGCUGGGACCAACAGCUCAACCUGGCCUAUGUGGGCGCCGUCCCUCACGGCGGCAUCCAGCAGGUGCGGACCCACUGGCUGCUGGACCUCGUCACGGCCAGGUGGGUGUGCACGGUGAGCGGCACCCCCCGGAGGCAGCGCGUGAGGACAGUGGCCAGGGCCCUGUCCUGA